GCCUUGGAAAUCCUGCGCGAGGUCCGCCGCAACUCUGGAAGCCGCGAGCGGAAGGCGCAGGCACAGUUUGUCAUCGACGUCAUAAGUGUUGACGCUCCCAUGGAGCGGAACGAGGAGUUUCACAAGGUCUGGGACGACAACUUCAAGCUUCCGAAGGACAUCACGCGGUCGAUGCCGACUGCACGAAAGUCCUCUUCGCUGAACCUCAGCCUCUCUGAUCAGGAGCGAGAGUUCAGAGACUGGGCGACCAAGUACUGGGAGGAACGCCUAAGAAGCCCGGCCUACUACGCAAUGCUGACACUGUGGGUCACGUGGCCAUUCGCCAUCCCUGUGGUUUCCAUCAUGCGCCGGUCGGGCAUGCUCGAGUACUGA